AAUAUAGACUAUUUUUUUUUUGUCUCCUUCCUUCCUCUCUGUCUCUCUCUCUCUCUCUCUCUCUUUUUUUUUCUUUUUCUCAUAACGCCCUUUUUUCUCUCUUCAAGUUUCGGAUAUGUCAUCGACACAAUAUGGGAUGCUACCACAGACAAAAGAGUCUUUAGACCAUAUCCUAAGACACUAUGAAGCAUUUAAGCAAGAUAUACACGCCAAGGGUUUACCUAUCCAACCCAUGCUGGUGGGUGUAUCUGGUUGCCAAGGCAGUGGCAAGACUACGCUUUGUGAUACACUGACUCAUUUAUUAAAGGAAACAUACCAUUUAAAUGCCAUCAACUUCUCUUUGGAUGAUUUCUAUCUGACGCAUCAAGAGCAACUCAAACUCAGCCAGACAUACCCGGAUAACCCAUUGUAUCAACAGCGAGGACAAGCAGGUUCUCAUGAUUUAGAGUUACUAUGCAAGACACUGUACAAUGUAAUCCACACAAACGAUAAAGUAGCCAUACCAGUCUAUGAUAAAUCCAUGUUUGGAGGAGCAGGUGACCGAUCGAGUUACAAAUAUCCUCAGGGACCAUUUGAUAUUGUCCUAUUUGAAGGUUGGAUGCUUGGGUUCAAAUCCUUACCAGAACAUGUAUUAUCCAACUUCAAAGUCAAUCUAGACCAUGUCAGGGUCAUGAACAAGGCAUUGCGUUCUUACGAGCAGCAAGUGUAUCCAUUUCUUGAUAUAUUUAUUCACUUGUCACCUCAACAUAUAAGUCAGGUUUAUGAAUGGCGAUUACAGCAGGAGCAACACAUGAAGACUACCCGGGGUGUAGAUGGAUUAUCGGAUGAUGCUGUGCGGUUAUUUGUCGACACUUAUAUGCCUGCUUAUGAAAUGUAUCUGCCUCGAUUAAAUCAAGUAGGGUUUUAUGGAAAGGGAUUGUAUGGUGAACCGAUUGAGCCUUACGAAGGUAUGUUUAGGCAAGAUAAAGGGUACAGCCAACCUGGUAGACACUUGAAAGUGAUAUUGGAUCAAGGUCGUCGAGUGGUUGAGAGUAUAACCUUACGAGAGCCCAUUGUACAACCUAAACGUACUUUACUCAAUCAAAUAAUGUCUAAAAAAUCAGUUUAUCGUAUGGGAUUGAUUGGUUUGAUAGGCUUUAUUGGCUAUCGGUCAAGAAGAUCCAUUUUCCAUCUUUUUCUCAAGUUUUUUGAAUAAAUUCAGUAGGUUUCUUAUGCGCCACACCUUUUUUUUCUUACGAACAACACCCUAUCGGACAUGAUUAAACCAAAAUUCGCAAAGUGCCGGAUAGAGAGGGAAUGACACAAACAUAGAUAGAGAAGGAGCGGUCCUGAAAAAUAUAAAAUGCAUAAAUGUGUUUUUGUUUCUUGAUGGCAGACACUUCGUCCACUCCAAAAAGAAGCAUGAAUGUGUACAUUUUGACAAUAUAGCUGCUAUUAGUUUUUUGGUGUCUCUAUUCUUUUUGUCUUGUUCUAUAAUAUUCUUUGCUAACAGUGUCCUUUAGCCAUCCUCUUACUACCCGGUACUCUGCGAAUCUCAGUUUGAACAUGUCCG